GUCUUCGCAACUAAACCCUUUUUUCUAUAAUUUCUAGCAUAUUCCCCACUUGUAUUAUCUUUUCCUGCACUUUGCCUUUAUAAAAACCCAAAAGCCCCACCCUUCUCAAACCUCCUCCCUCCCUCACUUCAUUCUCCUCUCUCUCUCUCUCUCUCUCUCUCUCUCUCUCUCAUGGAAAUUCCAGUAGUGAACAGAAUAAGCGAUUUUCAGUCCCGCAUAACCUCGCUGCCAGACCCAUCUUUUUUCUCACAGGCCUUUUCGAUUUCCGUCAUCGAAAGGGUCUCUCAAGCUUGCAGCUUUUGGAAAUGGGGAGCUCUCAUCAUCGCAAUUCUAGCUUCCUUCGGCACCAUACUCACUAAAAUAAACAUUUUUAUUACCAGACUCCGACGCCUAGGAGUUUUAAGCUCCCAGGCUGUUUCCCAGAAUCUCCAAGACGACGAUUUCUCCGACAUCGACGACGAUGAUGACGAAACCUGUUCCAUUUCGUCGUCCUCCUCCUUAUCCGAUGAUGAAUUAGAAUCCGAUUCCGAGAUAUCGUACGAUAACGCCGGUACUCCCACUGCCAGGGAUGAACAUUUCCUAGUCAGGGGCUCUGGUUGUUACACAGACGACCGAGGGCAGAAUCGUAAUUCGACGCUCCGCCGGCGCCGAAGCUUCGGAGGACACCACCGGUUCUCUUGGUCCGACUUCACCUCCGGCAAGAGUGUCGUCAAGCUCUGGGACACGUCUUCGCCGGCCACGUUUCUAUCUGCGGACACAAGUGUCUCGGGGUGUGCGUCAAUCGGUGUAUGGGACACGCGCGUCGGAUGCCGGUUUCCGGCAAUACUCGCCGAUUGGGGCCCGCAGCUCGGGAGAAUCGUUGGAGUUGCGUCGGGCGGCGUCGAGAAGCUUUACGUCAAGGAUGGCGUCACGGGGGCCUUGACGGUUGGUGACGUGAGGAAGGCGGAGUCGCCGUUACGGAACGUAACGGACGCUGACAUGGAUGACACAUGGUGGGAUGCUGACGCCGUUAGUGUGACGGACGAGCGUUUUGACGAGUCAGCCGUGAGUGGAUGUGACUGGGCCGUCACGCGGUGUUGUAGCGCGGUUAGGUCUUAUCUGUUGUAAUUUUGUAAUUGUAAGAGUGGGAAAUAACAGAUGUCAAAUAAUGCAAGGUCAUUAUUUUGUAAAUAUAUUAUUGUCUCCCUAUUAUUUAUUUUUAAUCAAUAUUGUUUCCCUAUUUUUAAGGUUUAUUUUAUUUUUGAUAUGGUAUCUUAGCUUGUAAUUAACAGAUAAAAUGGGAUAUUGCAAGCUUCUUUGUAGCUUC